AUGGCAGAAGAAAUACAAAAUAAAAAGCACAGAAACUGGUACAGAGGUGCAAUUGCCACACUUAUAACAAAGAAAGCGGUGGCUCCAUUCACGGAGGAUGUGAUAUCAGACUUCGUUGAACAACAAAUUGUAGAUAUAAAUAGGAUAAACAAUCGAGAGAGUGGAUUCGUGUGUAGGUCGGGUCGUGUAAGAUACAAAACCUGUUACCAUGCCCAGCAAGAGGGUUCUGCAGUAUUUGCAGCGCCAUCUUGGAAAAACACAAAAGCUGAAGAAUGGUGUAUCAAUAGUUGGCAGGUUGCCAAGUGUUUCUUUCCACCUGAUGGCUAUAUCGACGUUUCCAAUCCCGGCGACACCGAUUUUAAUGGAGUUAUCAACCUGAUUAUUAACUGCACACUGUUCGAGGAUUACUUCAACGAUAACCUGACGGUUGAAGGGAAUAUUUGUGAAAAGGCUCGUGAAGUGGGAAGAUCCAUACGCCACUCGCCUUCCCUUCAUGUCUGCAACAGUGAGCUGUCUGGAUACUUUGACGCAUUGGUCGCAUUGCUUAGUGAUGCAACGCUGCAGCAAUCCAACCAAGCGACAAAACAGGCUUUAAGGAAGUUGAGGAAGUUGAAGGCCAGUCCUUACGUCACUUGUAUCGAGGGAGAAAUAGCGGAGGAAUCAUUGAAAAGUAGUUCCUCAGAUGAGAGUCUGCCCAAAUGUCUGUCUGACCGCCUGAAGCAGACCAUUUCGAAGGAAGAUAUUUUCUGGGACACAAGUGAUGGUUCAAGCAAUGUUGACGACGGCAUUGAAACGGACAGAGAUUCAGUGGGAAACUAUUCUUCAUCUAUAUCAUCAGAAAAUAUUCAAGAAGACAGUGAGGGCGAGAAAUCCACAGCGGAUCAACAUUACGAUAACUUGGAACCCGAAGUUAUCAAAAGGCAAACAUCAGAAUCUGAACUUGAACAGCUUCGAGCAACGGAAGCGGAUGAAUCGGAUCUAGAACUUGAAUAUACGGAGGAGGCUCUGAUGAAACGUGAAAAUAAAAUGAGAGGAUCAGAAUCGGGAAUUUACACCAUGCCAUCAAACAACACUUCAACGUUAACCAUUCGGCAAACACCACACGGACGAAGGCGACCUGAUAGCAUUUUAUCUUCUUUAUCUUCUGUGUAUGGCUAUUCAACUCACAAACGAGGUUCUUGGGUGGAAGCUUCUAUCUACGGCUUUUUGUCAGUCGUGCUGGCUUUUCUAUUCUGGAUUUUGAUGGGAAACGUUACAGUACUUCUAGGACUCUGCAUAAACGCCAAAGAUUACAUUUUGUUUCCUGGGCAGCCGGUGAUGUUUGUGAUUCUGAUGUGUCUUUGCACUCUUUUGAGCAGAUUCAACUUGGCACUGCCGCUAAUGAUCAUGUUUAUAUCAGCAGAAGAUUGCCCUGGCCUAUUAGGUGUACGUUUGGUCCUCUUUGCAUACACCAUAACAUCUGGUUUCGUUGGUCUUACUUCUGUUCGACGUCGUUGGGGAUGCUCCUUCUAUGCUUCCCAAUUAACGAAAGAGACUGUGACAUUCUACAUUUCACAAUCCAUAUCUCACCUGUUUUGCGUUUUAAUGACAUUUACUGGAAUGGGAUCAGCAAAAUUUGAAGAUCCGAUGGGUGAUUUUGAAGUAUUUCAGAAUCCUUUGAUCCUCAAGGUGGAAGAGUGUCAGAAUGAUGUAAACUCUUCUGCCCACAAUGUGACGGACGAGAUAUCGAACACGAUAGAAUCAAACAAAACUGAAAAAUGUGUGCAGCUUGGCAGCCAUGACAUCCAACCAAUCACGACAGUUAUUCUCACAUCUGUCCUUUUGAUAGCUCUCUGUUGUGUAUAUGAACUACUGAGACGCUUACUUAGCAGAAUCCGUUUCCAAAAUAUUCUGAAAAUAUGUCUCACAAGGCUACACCAUACACCUGAUGAAAAUACAAACUUGAGAAGGCGUUCUUUUCAACUGAAGUUUUGGGCGAUAGUUAGCGGAAUGGUCAUGGGUGCACUAACAUUGGACCAUGUAGCUAUUUAUGGCUGGUGCUGUUUUAAUACAUACUCCAAAGUGAAGUGUUUUACAAAGUACAUUUUGUUAGGGUCUUUUCUUAUAUGUUCUUUAUUGGCUUCAUUGUGUUCACUACUGUUUACAAAUCUUAACAUGAUAUACAUAUGCCUUAUAAGUGCAAUAAUUAGUAUAGUUUCAUUUAUUUUAACAAUUGUAUGUAUGUUAGUAAACGAAAAGGAAAGCAUGUGGAUAUUUAGACCAUUACACAGUUUACUACACUAUUUAAUACGACAUCUUACUCGGAACGUAAUAUACAUUCAUAUCAUUUUGCAUUGUUUCAUUUUACCUGUUGUUCUUUUAGGUAUGUUUGUAGUAAACAAUAUUGGCGAACAAUUGUGUUUGACAAUUGUGCUGCUUUCUCAUUUUAUUAGUUUAUUGUCGUUAGCUGCUUUAAAUCACUGUUUGGAAAAGAUCAGGUGUAAAACAUUUGAUAAUGAGACUUUUCAAUUGAACUUCAUGUAGAUAUUUGUAAACUUCAUGUGGAUUAUUCUAAGCUACUCUAUUAUAUUUUGUUUGGAUAGUGAAUAAGCCUUAUAUAAAGAAGAAUUUGAUUCUAACAAUUUGAAGGAAGGUGAUGAUGUCCUAGAUGGAAGAAGAGAUAAUAUUAGUUAAAGGUGUAGAAUGUGUACGGAUAUUUAGAGCUUAAUGCAGUUUAUUGAUUUUAUUGGAUGGUGUGAUUGAUGUUUGUGUGUCUAUACUAAAAAAUAUUUCGGUGUGCAAGCAAUUUGACAGAGUUUUGUCAUUGUGCAGGCGAUUGAACGAAGUCCUAUCAGUGUGCAGGCAUUGUAUCAAGUGCUGUCAGUGUGCAGUAAAUUAUCAAGUACUGUCAGUGUGCAGGCAACUGAACAAAGUCCUGUCAGUGUGCAGGUAUGAGAAUCAAAUUCUGUCAAUGUGCAGUCAUUCAUCAAGUCCUGUCAGUGUGCAGGCAACUGAACAAAGUCCUGUUAGUGUACAGUCAAUCACCAAGUCCUGUCAGUGUGAAGGAAACUGUGACAAGUUAUGUCAAUAUGCAGGCAAGUAUGACAAGUCCUGUCAGUUAUUAUCCAGGCAACAUGUUUGACCAGUAUGUUUUUUCAAUAUUCUUUGAGAACAAAUAUCAAGCUCUAUUGAUUAAAAAGGUUAAAUUAUUUUGCUCAGGUGAGAGAUUUAGAGCCAUUAUGGCCCUCUUUAUUAUGUUUUAUUUUCAAUGUGCAGUGUCUAUUAAUUAUUUAACCAAAUGUAUAUUUAUGCUAAAAUACAAUUUGAAGUAUAUAUCGAUUAUAAAACCAAUUGGAAAUCUAUGCAUGGAAAAUAAUUUGCAGUUUUUGUUGAUUAUAAAAUCAAAUGGAAAAUGCCUGCUUGAAAAUAAUAUAAAGUAUACUUUUUCAAUACCAUUAGGUAAUUAACCUAUUUGCUUAAAUACUUUGUGCAAUAUAUAUAUUUAUUCUCAAGUGCAAUAGAAAAUGUAUUGUUAAAUACAUUGUGCAAUAUCUGAUGAUUCUAAAACUCAAUGUAAAUAAUAUUUCAAUACAGUGUACAAUGUUAAGUAUAUAUUUUUUGUUAUACCCAAUGGGUAGUUAAUGCUUAUUGUUAUACCCAAUGGGUUGUUUAUGGUUAAAAACAAUGUGACGUUUACCUCGAAUAUAAAAUCAAAUGAAAUAGUAUGCUUACUUACAAUUAGCAGUAUCUAUUGAAACAAUAACCCAAUACGAAGUUUAUGCUGAAAUGCACUGUGCAGUUGAUAUUGAUUUUAAACCCAAUUAGAAAUUAAGACAUAAAUACAAUGUGCAGCAUUUACUGAUUCUAAAACGCAAUGUUGUUUUUUUUUUUGCUAAAUUCAUGCUAGUAAAAUGCAGUUUGCAGUAUAUAUUGACUCUAAAAUCCAUUGGGAAAAGUAUGUUUUUGUACCAUUUAUUAUAUCAGUUCAGGAUUUUAAUGGUUAUAUUCCACCACGUAUGAUCUGAUUGCAGAAUCGACAUAUUAAAUGCUUCGUACAACAUACGUCUUACAUGUGGAAAUACUUCAUAAUGAUGUAGCUUACUUAACAAGCAUCUAUUCAAAGUCACUGACAACCUGAUUUAUAAGUAAGUUUGUUCAAUAUUUUUAUUAAUACUUCUGUUAAUGUUCGAACAAUACCUCUUAUGAUAUUAAGGAGUGCUUACUAUGAAAAGUAUUAUAGCAAACGGAUUAGUUAUCAUUCAUGUUGAUAUUAUGUUGUUUUUAUUAAUAUUUUGAGUUGAAUAUAAUUGCUCCACAAUUUAUUAAGUUAUGUUUAUCACAUACAAAAAUAAAAUAAAUUUAAAUUUUAUAGAUUUCAUGAUAUAGAGAAGCAAUUGUUAUCGGCGUUUACAAAGGAUCUUUAAAAUAUUGAAGGAACAUUUAUAUUGAUUGAUUAGGAAAUUGUUGCUAAGUUUUCAGUAUUUUGAACAUUUCUUCAGACUGAAUGGAAUUUAAUUAGCACAUUUAUCACAAGUAAUCUCUGUGUCAUGCGUAUACCAGAAUAAAAGCUAUAAUCAA